AUUACCCUGAUUAUCUUUGUUAUAUUAAUACAUGGUGUUCAAUUGGUUCUAUAUCCACAAUAGUUAUCAUCUUAACUAUGCUCUGCAUUAAGUAUAGUGGUAUCCAGCGUAUAUUUGAAAAACCAACAUUUGUAUACAAGCUGUACGAAUAUCAUGACAUUCACUUUGGUAGUCGCCUUCUUAAU